UGUUUCAAACUUGGAUUCGUCUGACCUUCGAUCAGGUGUAAUUCAAUACGAAAUAUCUUACAAAAUUGUCAUUAUUAUAAAUAUGAUCGUCAUACAUAAUUCGGCGGUAAAGUGCGAGUAGCUGUGUACGGGUAUUGACGAUAUUUCGUGUAUCAAUUCAUUCAACUUUUCCACGAGCCAAAAGGCGAAAGAAGAAAAAAGAAUUUCCAAAGAAAAUAAAUCAAUAAAUUUGAAACGAUAAGAAAUAAAAUAAGAAAUCAAUCGACAAAUUAAAAAUAAAAAGGCUCCAAGGGGUUGUAGAGAUUUAAACUUAAAAAAGAGAAUAAAAAUUUGCUAGCUUUAUUAUGAGUGAACGGAAACGAAGACGAUUGUUAAAAGAAGCGAAGGAUGAAAUCAAACUGGACCGAAGUAGAAGGAAAAAAAAAAAUCGUGGCAAGUUGGCUGCGAUCGCGUUGAAUUUUGGAGUCCUCGUCUCCGCCGUGUACGAAGGUAUUUACGCCAGGAGAGGUGGUGAUCCCACGAAGAUCAGGGAUGGCCACAAUUCCCACGGGACCACGAUAGACAAUCCGGGAUACCGGGAACACCAUCGGCCCACAAAUGGAGCUGGUAUUUCGAUGACAGACGCGAGUGGUAAACCGUAUUCAGGUGGUGCCGGUAACGGAUCGAUGGCAUCCGUUGCGACGUCCGGUAGUGCUGCUAGCACAGCCUCUCCUUUAAGGAGUUCGUUAAAGAAACCAAAACCGAUGGGAAUACCGAACCCUGGAUUUUCGUCGCACAGUCCAACCCUGUCGAGGAACGGGUCUCAAAAAAAAGUUAGAAUUCAAACGCACUCCACCGAAGUUUAGCCCUCCCGCAAUUCUCCCCACUGCCACCCCAUCCAUCCACUCGCGGAGUUUUAACGGGGGAGGAACGAUAAACUCUCGCUAACGAACAAAAUCCCGUCCAAAAUCCGAGAACAAUAUACGUCUUACUACGUAUUAGUGAGUAAAAAUUGAAAUUCUUAUUAAAUUUAAUACUGGAUUUAUCGAUACCUUAUAAUAUACAUAAGGAAGAUAUUGUGUUUUAUUCUUAUGAGUCUCUAUUGAAUCUGAAAAUUUAAACUAUUUUAUUUCAAACCCAUAUAUUUGAUACAAUUUUAUCAAUCGUUGACGAAUUCAUCGUCAGACUACCAAUGUAAAUUCGUAUGAUUAUACGUCUUUUACGUAUAAUUGUUUAUAAAUAUGUCACUAUAUUUUUACAUUAGUGCGUAUUACAUUACGUACAACGCACGUACACUCCUUUUAAUUUCAUCGUCAUUUUAUUCACUCUAAUUUUUUAUUUUUUUUGCCAAUUUCAAUGAUUCAUGAGAACAGAACUAUCAGGGGAAUUGUCAUGUUGACCUAGGUGUUAUCACGUAUUAUUACUAUUAUUAAACUUAGGAUUAAUUUCUAAUACACGUAUCUUCAUACGAUUAGGAAAGGUACAUCCGAGAUACUUAUUGGUAGAAGGAAAAAGAAACAAACAAAUGUCCGUCCAACCCGAUGAAAUGGCAGCAAUUAUUGGGUACACACACAAUUAGAAUAAUCAAUUAAUACCGAAAUUAGCUGCCGAAUGGGUAAACAACAAGAUAUUAAUAUUUAUACAAUUGCUAGGUAGAUUUUACUUUAUACGUUUUAUUACCUAUUAUAUUAUUUCAAUUAUUUAAUUAUGGCAUAAAUAUGUCAAAGUAUUAUUUUUGAAAUAUUUAUAUCGAAGGUAUUUCUCCGCCUCCUUGCUAAGUCGGGCUUUGUCGGCAUUCUUCUUUAAUACCCGUACGACGCAGUGGAGUCUGUGUACAACGUUUAACGUUUUUAUUUGGAGCCGGUCUCGUGAAAUUUUAACCACAAAAUUGUUUUUAUUUAUAAAUGAAUACAUAAAUAUAUGAAUAUAUAUAUAUAUAUAAAUAUAAAUAUAUUAGAUUAUACGAGUAUAUGUGUUAGAAAAGAAACAAACAAGAGGAAAAAGUGCACUUGUAUUACUUAUAAACAAAUAUGUAUGUAUGUCUAUUGUUAACAUACAUUAUUGUUGCUAAUUAAUUAUCACAUCAACACGUACACUCACAUAUAGACAAACCAAAAAAGAGGAAAGAACGAGAUGAGAAAAAAGGAAAUUUAAUUGAUCUUUUUCUUGUCUCGAAAUAAUUCAUACGACAGUAAAAUCUAUUAUUUUAAGCCUAACGUACCGACAGAUAUUUUUCAUCGGGUACGCAAAAUUUAACCCGGACAUUUUGUAGGAGUCAUACGUGGAAUGCCUAACUGGGCACCCACCCCACUCUGCUAAUCGAAGUAAUCGUUGGACAGGUACAGCAGCUCCCCAUUCGAUGACCAAGUUCUACGACGCAAUAGAGACGAGGAAUCGUUCGACGUGACGAAUAGGAGUUUGAUCACUUGGAAUCGAUGGGGUGAGUCUGUUCGUCGAUUUUUUUUUUUUCUAUUUGACGAAAUUGUAUCGGUCUAUAUGUGUCUUCGAUGACAUUCGUGAAAUUGCGACUCGACAAUUAGGUUUUCGAAAAACCCUACGACAUACGAGUAGAAAAAAAACACAUACAGGCACAUCCACACACACACACACAUACUAAUGCAUAACAGUAUACGUACACGCCUUAUUAUUAUCAUUAUCAUUAUUAUUAUUAUUACUAUAAAUAUAAAUGUGAUGAGAUAUUAUAUUAUAUACAUGAUAAAUGUUUUAUAACGUUUUUA